ACUGAGGACCACAGUAGAGGUCGGGACCUGCGACUAUUUCUGCACCGUAAGGAAUUAUCUCGGCAGAACGGAGUCCCCAGCUCAACGCAUCGAUGUCCAGUACGCUCCCAUCAAUGUGAGGAUCACAGCUCCAACAGCCCCUCCUGCUGGUGAAAACAUCACACUGCGGUGUGGAUCACAGGCCAACCCUGUAGUGAACACUUACAGCUGGAGAAAGCUCUGUGGCUCUCAGUCUACAGAUCUGCGGAGAGAUGGUGUGGAAUACAGACUGAGGGCCACAGUAGAGGUCGGGACCUGCGACUAUUUCUGCACCGCGAGGAAUUACCUCGGUAGAACGGAGUCCCCAGCUCAACGCAUCGAUGUCCAGUAUGCCCCCAGGGAUGUGAGUGUCGUCUGGGAGGAGGACGGGGCGGUGGAAGGGGAGGAGGUGACUCUGCGCUGCGAGACAACGGGGAACCCUCCCCCUCGGGAAUACCACUGGAGGAGGGAGUGCUUCGGGAAGGAGGAGCAGCUAGAGGGACGGGAGUCGCAGCUGGUGACCAGUCUCCGCCUCGCCGACCAACGAUGCGAUUAUUACUGCUUGGCCGUCAACGACCUCGGCCAACAGGAGUCCGUUGCCAAACGUUUGCGGGUUGGGUGGAGUAAACAGAGGAAGAUAAUUGCGGGCGUGACGCCGAUCCUCGUCUUGCUCAUUCUAAUCAUACCGCUGGUCCUCUACAUCAGACACAGGAGGAAGAAGGUGGAUUCUAAGAGCGCCAUUAACACUGAUGCCACAAACGUCGUCUACAGUGUGGUGAAGAAAAUCAGGAAGCCGUGUAACAUGACCAUGUACGACAACGUGUGGCUGGCGGAUCACACACACGCGUGUCGCCCCGAGCCCCAAGUGACCGUCAGCUACUGGGACGGAGUCACACGCAACACGGGACAGACACGCCUGGAGACUGCGUGCGCUGUGCGGGAGCGGGAGCCAGCGGUCGUUUACAGCAAAGUCUGUGCGAGGAAUCGCAACACCGAGCCAGGGGGGAGUGAGGAUUAUGAGAAUGUUACCAGACUGUGGUGGCAGCAGGAGGGAGAGAGUGAAGGGGAGGGGGAAGAGUACAGCACCAUCACCCACCAUCUCUCCCCGACCUCCUAACGUCUGUCCUCCUCGCCCUCUGCUCCACAACACACCCUGUCUACCUGUCGCUCCA